AUGGAAGACUUAAACAGUUCACCAACGUGGAAGAAACCGUCGGAUAUAAUGAAGAAGCAUCGGAAGAAGAAACGGAUUUCGCUUCAAAAGGCCUCUGAAAAACCACCGGAUAAAGUGACUGAAACCUGCAUAACAAAAAAUGUAUCUUUGCAUGCAAAAAGGAAAAAUCCUUUCUCAGCAUCACUGGAAAGUCAGACCAACUCUCCAUCCAAACGGAAAAAGUCUGAUCCGAUAGAAAUGUCACACAAUCCAGAAAAUUUGAAAGAGAAUACAUUUUUCAAAAUGUUUGGAGGAAUUGGAAAGGUACAAGAAAGUGAAGAAAGCCAUUGUUCCAUACAGACUAAGGAGUCUAAGCCUAUCCCUAGACACACUGAAAAUUAUGCUUUAGAGGAUGAGGACAGCAAGUCACAGUUUGAUUUUCUUGAAAAAUUUUUCAACAACAAACAAAAGGAACAACUAACAAAGAAAAGACUUGAACUGAAGACUGAAGACAAGCAAGAAAGUGAUGGACUUCUUGAUAUUCCAGUAGACUGGAGUUUAAAGGUCAAACUAAGAAUCAUCUCUGAAAAACCGUUAUUAUGGUGUACACAGCUACGGACCACUGAUGAAGCUAGAGGGAUCACUCAGUUCCUCAAAGGAAACCUAGACAUACAGGAAACAGAGAAAAAGGCCAAUUUUCAUGAAGCCGGUUUAUAUUGGAUUCAUCCCAGCAUUCCGUGGAUGAAGCUUUUCCCACGAAUUGUCCCAGAUUCUAAAUUAAGAACAGCAAGUAUAGGUCAAGAUAACAUGGUGCAGAGUGCCUUACAGUCAGAUUGGACGGAGAGCUUCACCUCUGUGUUUCAUCAAUUACGUGCUCAGUGCUGUCCCUACUUCUAUGUGUGCACUCAUCAGUUCUCUGUGUUGUUCCGGGCAUCAGUUGUGGCAGGGCAGAAAAAUGUUAGUGCUGUACUCACCCCUACCACAAGGGGUAUGAGAGAAUCACUCACCAAUGAAGAUAUAUCAUUUAAAAUGCCCUUUCUGGACCGUACUAAAGCCAGCUUGAAUCCAGAGAUAGAAACAGAAAUUCAGCUGGAAUCAGAGACUAAGAAGUGUGGCCAAUCCUACCAGCAUCUUGAUGAUGACGACCACAUGAUUGACACAGAUGAGGGUGCAUCAGUGUGGCUGGAGAGCAUAGGUCUGGACAAAAAACAGUUUCCUUCUCUUGAACCUAACAAGGUGAAAAUGCAGAGAGAAGGAUUCAAGGCAAUUGACAACAGACCAGAGUCUACAGUGUAUGUAACAGGCUCGGAUGUGCAGGGCCUUUAUAAUUACCUUCUCAACUGUCGCAGCUGUGUGGCUACUUCAGGAGUCCAGGCAGGCCUGCCUCCUACGAUUCUCGCCCCUAGAGCAUUCAAGGGUGCAACUCUGAAAUCACAUAAAGUAAAACAUUCCUUGGUCAAGCAAAUGGACAACAACAAGCAGAUAAAAUCUGUCCAUAUUUUGGAGGUAUUAGGAGCAGUUCUGCCACACCAUUUAGCCAACUAUAUGUCAUUGCUCUCUAACACACAGGAAGGAGAAUUCUCUCUUACAUUGAACACACAUGAACCUAGUGUAGCAUUGAAUGUUCCUGUGGGUAUGGAGACAGAUCAGUCUCCCGUGGGUAGUGAGACAGAUCAGUCUCCUGUGGGUAGUGAGACAGAUAAGUCGAAGGUGGGUGCUGCACGGGAACAGUUGGAGAUGGCACACAAAAAGUUUGACCCUUUCUUUACCAACAAAGCAUUAGACAGUAAAUUGACUUGUAUCAAGGAAGUUCAUUGUAAACAAAGUCAAUUUUCCUACUUGGUUUGAUGUCGUGAGAUACAUAUAUAUAAAUGUACUAUUACCAUAUAUAUAUACAGAGAUAGAAUACAUAGUCAGUGUCUUAAGAUACAAGCUGUAUUUUUGCAAGGGUGGAAACCUCUGUAUUCUAUUUAUCCUGCAACAUUGAUUGAAAAUCAGUCAAUACUUCAACAGUUUUGGUGUUCAA